AGUCUACAAAAAAGAUAAGAAAACAAUUACAGUUACAGCGCUGUGUGUACGCACACUUUUGAAUAGUUAUUCAACAUUUUUUUUUUUUAUUUUCGUAAUUAAUCAUCGAACAAUGUCUUUAAAGUGGAUUUUAAUAACCACAUUGUGUUAUUUAUUUAUUAAUAUUUCUAAAGCAACACCUCGUAACGCCAUUUUGAUGUUAGCUGAUGAUGCAGGAUUUGAAAUGCGUUCAUACAGAAAUAAAAUUUGCCAGGCUCCAAAUUUAGACAAAUUAGCUAAAGAAGGAUUGAUAUUUAAUAAUGCUUAUACUUCAGUUAGCAGCUGUUCGCCUAGUCGGUCAGCAAUAUUAACCGGUCUACCGAGCCACCAGAAUGGUAUGUACGGAUUACAUCAAGGCGUCCAUCAUUUUCAAUCAUUUGACAAUGUUCAGAGUCUUCCGAAAUUGUUGAAACAAAAUAAUAUUCGAACAGGAAUAAUUGGAAAAAAACACGUCGGUCCUAAUGAGGUAUUUUCAUUUGAUUAUUCACAAACUGAAGAAAACAACUCAAUACUACAAGUCGGUCGUAAUAUUACUAAAAUCAAGCUGCUAGUUCGUGAAUUCUUGGCAGAGAGCAAAAGAACAAAUCAAUCCUUUUUUCUUUACGUAGCUUUUCAUGAUCCGCAUCGUUGCGGCCACACUAAUCCAGAGUACGGUAAUUUCUGCGAGAAAUUCGGAAAUGGAGAUGUAGGAAUGGGCACUAUACCCGACUGGAGUCCUAUAUACUAUCAAUGGGAGCAGGUCCAACUUCCAUACUUUGUCCAAGAUACAGAAGCUGCAAGACGCGAUAUAGCGGCUCAAUAUACGACUAUUUCACGACUUGAUCAGGGUGUUGGGCUAGUCUUGAAAGAACUUGAGGACGCUGGAUUGAAAGAUGAUACUCUGGUUAUCUAUACCUCUGACAACGGGAUACCUUUUCCUAAUGGUCGUACUAAUUUGUACGAUCCCGGUAUGGCUGAGCCGAUGAUUAUUUCAUCACCGUAUCAUAAAGAUAGAAGGAAUCAAGUUACUUAUAGUAUGACUUCACUUCUUGAUAUCGCUCCUACUUUACUAGAUUGGUUUAAUGUAAGUUAUCAAGCGGAUCCUUAUAAUUAUGAUAUUCAUGAGAUAAAGUUGACUGGUAAAUCUCUCUUACCGCUUUUAAUUGAAGAACCUGUAGAAAAAGAUGGAAUAGUAUUUGCAAGUCAAACUCACCACGAAAUAACAAUGUACUAUCCAAUGCGUGUCGCUAGAACUAAACGAUACAAAUUGAUUCACAAUUUGAAUUAUCGAAUGCCUUUCCCAAUUGAUCAAGACUUUUAUUUGUCUCCAACUUUUCAAGAUUUACUAAAUCGAACUCGCUCAAAUAUGCCGCUGAGGUGGACUAAAAGCUUAAACACUUAUUACAAUAGACCCGAAUGGGAAUUAUAUGACUUGAAAUAUGAUCCGGAAGAGUUGAAUAACAUCAUUAAUAAAUCAUCCAGCCAGCCGAUUUUCAAAGAAUUGUCAAUGAAAUUAUUCGACUGGCAAAAAGUAACUAAUGACCCGUGGAUUUGUGCCCCUACCGGGGUUCUCGAGCCUAUCGACGGGGAUAAAAAUAAUUUAGGAUGUAUGUCGACUGAUUUUUAAAUCCUAAAUCAACUAGUUGACAUGAGCUAUAAUUCAAGCUCGGAUUAAAUAUUCAUUGUGCAAUUAAUCGAACAAAUAAUUGAACAACAAAGUUGUCAUUUGAUUAUACUUACUAUAUUAUAACCUCAAGGUUAUAGACUAGAGGCUGUGGUAUUUUUCAUGUCUCUUUCAUAUUUUAUAAUAACUUCGCUUAGUUUGCGGACGUAGUCUGCUGACUUAUUGGCUCGUUUUUCAGCUUUUUCAAAAUCCAGUGAUAGUUUUUCGAGCUAAAAAAUAUAAUCAAUUAAUACUCAUUUAUUUUUUA